AUGCGUUCUCUUUUGAGGCUUGCCACUGCGGCUGCUCUCCUAGCCGACGGCGUGCUGUCAAAGCAGGCCCCUACUGUCCGGGUCAAAAACGGUACACUUGAAGGCAAAUAUGUGGCCGGAUACGAUCAAGAUCUCUUCCUUGGUGUCCCCUUCGCUCAACCUCCCGUUGGAAAGCUUCGUUUCCAGAACCCCCAAAGCCUGAACAAGACCUUCAAGACCAAGAAGGUCACCGAGUAUGCUGACUCUUGUGUCGGAUAUGGAAAUAGCCCUGAUCAAGGCCCUGUCACUUUGGGUGAGGACUGUCUGACGCUGAACAUUGUCAGACCCUCAACGAUCAACAGUAACAGUAAUGAAAAGCUGCCAGUUGGCGUUUUUAUCCACGGUGGAGGCUGGACAAUGGACUUCAGCGCAAAUGGUGUUUACAACAUGAGCUUCAUGGUUGAGCAGUCCGUCAAGGCUGGCAAGCCCAUGAUUGGUGUAUCCGUCGAUUACCGACUGUCAUUCUGGGGCUUCAUGGCCAGUCAAGAUAUUCUCGAUGCCGGAGUAGCCAAUCUCGGCUUGAAGGAUCAGCGCAUCGCCCUGCACUGGGUCAACGAGAACAUCGCUGCCUUUGGCGGCGAUCCCUCCAAGGUCACCAUCUUUGGCGAGAGUGCUGGUGGUGGCAACGUUGGGUACCAGGCUACUGCCUACGGAGGCCGAGAUGAGAAGCUGUUCCGCGGCAUCAUCGCCCAGUCCGGUGCUGACGGAACUGACAUGAAGAACUAUACCCUACCACAGCAGCGUUACGACACCAUCGUCAAGGCUGUUGGCUGCGAUAAGAAGAAAGACAAGCUCGCCUGCCUGCGAGAUGUCCCCUUCGAGAAGCUCAAUGCCACGAGUACCAAGGUGCAAGGCAGCUUCUACCCAGUGGUUGACGAGGACUUCAUUCCUGACUUCCCUUCCACGCUUCUCGAAAACGGAAACUUCACCAAGGUGCCCAUCAUGCUAGGAACGAAUGCCGACGAAGGCACCUUUUUCGGCCUUCCCGGUGUUGACACCGACAAGGAAUUGGUCACCAGACUCCAAUCUACCGGCCUCGACACCGACACAAUUGAGACCCUCAUGGCGCUUUACCCCAACAUCGAUGCGCUUGGUAGCCCGUCGGGGUACCGCAGAAAGGCUAACGAUCCCGUCAAGGCACAGUUCAAGCGCAUGGCUGCUCUGCAGAGCGAUCAGCUUUUCGUUUCAUGGAGACGCGCAAGGAGUGAUGCUUGGUCUAAGCACAACGUGACUGCGUACUCGUACUUGUUUGAGUCGCCCAACACUAACAUGCCGGAUUACAUCGGAACUCCUCAUUUCGUGGAGGUCGCAUAUGCCUUCUACAACAUGCUGGGACAAGGCUACGCAAAGGGCGCGGGUCCUCUUGUGAAUGCGUCGCAGGAGGUUCUUGACUUGGCCAAACUUAUCAACCACAUGUGGAUCAGCUUCAUCCAUAGUCUCGACCCCAACGAGCACGGAAUUGAUGGUGUUCCUGAGUGGCCUGUCUACAAGAGCGGUGGAGGCUAUGGAGAGAACUUCUACUUCAACCCUAACGGAUCGACUGUCCAGCCUGAUACCCUUCGACUGGCGGGAACUACGUUCAUCAACUCGGUCGCUAGAGAUCAGUAUGGAAGGUAG